UCGGCACUUCAUUGCUUGAGUUGAAUCAUUUAAAUUAUCUUGACCUCAGUUGGAUAGAUUUCGGAGGCAUUACAAUCCCAAAAUUCAUUGGUUCCAUGAAUCAAUUACAACACCUGUUGCUUAGUAAUUCAAACUUUUCUGGAACUGUUCCUCCUCAGUUAGGCAACCUCACCAACCUACGCUCACUUGAUCUCUCAUUAAACUCUUUGAGUAUUGAGAAUCUCGACUGGCUUUCAAGUCUCUCUUCGUUGUCUUCUCUUAAUCUGAGUCAUAUCGACUUAAGUCACACCAACUGGUUACAACACGUCCUAAGUCUCCAGUUCAUGCGUGAAUUGAACUUGAUUUCAUGUAAACUCGGUGUUGAAAAGCCUUCUAUUGACUCUUCUUCUUCUUCUUCUUCUUCUUCUUCUUCAUCUCUUUCUAUACUUGGUUCUGUAUUGGAAUCACUCGAAAUACUGAACUUGAAUGAUAAUCAACUCAACGAGCCGAUGCCCGACCUGAGAGAAUUUUCUUCAUUGAGAGAACUACACCUUUGGGGAAAUAACAUUACAGGCUCCAUUCCUGUAAGCAUUGGCCAACUCUCCAAGCUUGAAGUUCUAUAUCUAUCUAAUAAUUCUUUGGAAGGUUUAGUUUCAGAAUCCCACUUCAUCAAGCUUGCUAAGUUAAAGACAUUAGAUUUAUCCUCCAAUUCAUUAUUGGUGUUGGAUGUUGCCCCCGAUUGGAGUCCUCCUUUUCAGUUGCAAUAUAUAGAUCUAAGCGGGUGUAGUGUGGGCCCAUAUUUUCCAAAAUGGAUCCAAACUCAGAGGAAUUUGUCACUCCUUGAUCUCAGUCGUGCCAAUAUAAUAGAUGAAGCCCCGAGUUGGUUGUGGAGUACCUUUUCUUUAUUGGGGAACUUAUAUCUCUCCGGCAAUAAAAUUAGGGGUACGAUCCCGAAUCUCUCAUCCACCUCCAUAUUUUACAUGGAUCUUAGCAACAAUCAAUUCUCAGGUCCUGUACCAUUAUUUCCAGCCAAUGCUGUCGAGAUUCAGUUAAGUGGAAAUAUGUUAUAUGGUUCAAUUUCAUCUAUUUGCACAACACUCCAUGAUAUUCUUUGGAGCAUUGACCUCUCCAAUAAUCAGUUGGUAGGAGAGGUUCCAGACUGUUGGGAGAAAAUGCCAAUGUUUUACUACCUCAAUUUGGCCAACAACAAUUUUUCGGGUGAAAUUCCUAGCUCUUUAGGAAAUUCAAAGAACUUGGUUGCUCUACAAAUGCGUGGUAAUAGUUUAUCUGGUGAGUUGCCUUACAAUUUGACACUAUGCCAAAAAUUGAUAUUCAUUGAUGUUGAAGGUAACAAGUUAUCAGGGAAGAUCCCCACUUGGAUUGGUCACAUGCAUGGCAUUCAGAUUUUGAACCUUCGUGGAAAUAAAUUGCAUGGCAGUGUACCUCCCCAAAUAUGCAAUCUUACUAGUAUUCAGGUUCUAUUUAUCGAUAAACAAUCUGUCUUCGAUAAUACCUGAUUGCUUCAACAAUUUUACUGUCUUGGCUAGUAAGAAUGCCGCGUAUCUUGAUCCAUCGCUAAUUGAUUUUUACUUUGCCUCUAACCGUGGAAAUAAGCACUAUGGAUAUUCAUCAUUUCACUGGAAAGGUCAGGAAUCAGAAUACAAGAAUAAUCUCAGACUUCUCAAGCUCAUUGAUUUUUCUAGUAAUAGAUUGACCGGGAAUAUUCCCAAAUCAUUUUCUGUUAUGAGUGGAUUAAUAUCCUUGAAUCUAUCAAGAAACAAUUUGAUAGGAUAUAUAAUUCCAAAUAUUGGUAAUAUGAAGAUGCUAGAUUCUCUUGAUCUAUCGCACAACCAACUCUCUGGCAAGAUACCGACAAGUUUGGCCGAAAUUCACACUCUUAGUGUUCUUGAUUUGUCGAACAACAAUUUGUCCGGAAAAAUUCCAACAAGUACUCAACUCCAAAGCUUUAACGUAUCGGCUUAUGAUGGGAAUGCUGGACUCUGUGGCGACCCUCUGCCAAAAUGCGCCGAAGAUAGCUUAAGGCCAUCCACCACUAAUCCAUUGGAAAACAAGAAUGACAAAGAAGGCAACAACUUCUCAUUUAUGGAAGAAGUUGGCAUUUCAAUUGGGUUUGGUUUUAUCAUUGGAUUUUGGGGAGUUGUCUGUUCAUUCAUACUGAAAAAAUCAUGGAGAAUUGCAUUUUUCAACUUGGUGGAUGCUGCUGGAGAUUGGUUUUACAUCAGGAUUGCUGUGUUUGUAUCCAAAUGGCGACGAACCUAAAUAAAGUGCUGAAUCAAGGCGAACAAAUUAACUCAUGGCUGGUGACCUUUCAAUGUUAUUUAAUUUGGAUUUGGUUUUUCUUCUCUUUUCUGUGAAUUGGGACCAUGUACUUUGACUUUGUUUUCUUAGUCUUUUUACGUUCACUGUAAACUUUAUCUAGAAGUGUAUUUGUUUCUUUCACUAAUAGAUGUUUCAGUUCUUGUA